AGGCGCGCGGGACGCCGUCGCAGCUCCCUUCCUGCGCCGCUUCCUGCGAGGGCGCCCCAGUCUCUACCCGGCCCGCAACGGUAGCGUUGGCGUCACGGCGCGGUGCGGGCAAGACGAGUGGCUGGCAGCAGGGCGGUGCUGGGCCGAGAAGUGCCUCAGCUGGCGCCUUCGGCUCUUCCUCUUCACCUCUGGUUGCAGAGAGCCGCCAGGGCAAGUGGAAGGGCGACGCGUCGCUCCCUCCUGUAGGGCACAAUGUCCGAACAAGAGCGUAUACAGGAAUGUCUGCGGAAGGAAAUAAGAUCACUUCUCAUUUCCACCAAAGAUGGUUUGAGCCCACAGCAGUUGGAGAAGGAGUAUCUUUUGAUGGUUGGCAACCACCUACCACUCCGGAUCCUUGGGUAUCGGUCCACUAUGGAGCUGGUAUCGGACAUGCCUGAUGUUGUUAGUGUCUGCUCCGGUGCAGGUGGUACCGUAAUACUGAAAGCCAUUCCAGAUGAAUCUACCAAAGGAAUAGCCAGCUUAGUUGCAAAACAGAAGAGCAACCAUAAGGUUCGAAACUACACGCAUAAGGGAAGGCCCAGUUUUUAUUCUGGACCAAGCUCUCAUCGGCGAGUACCUUACCGAGGACGGGUUGCCCCUAUUCUUCCAGCUGUUGUGAAGAGUGAGUUGAAGGAUCUGUUGGCGUUAUCUCCUGUUCUCCUUUCUGAUUUUGAAAAGGCAUUUGCCAAAAGAUUUGGACGAUCAUUCCAAUACAUGCAAUAUGGAUUUCUCUCUAUGUUUGAAGUGCUGAAUGCGGCUUCAGAUGUCAUUUCUGUAGAGCAGACCAGAGCAGGUUCCUUGUUGAUGCUAAAGAAGAGUGUAAUGGAGGAAAAGUGGAGAGGAUGGCCGGCAGGUAAGAUUUUUACCCAGCCAUUUAGAAUGAAACAAGGGUCAUACUCCACAGGCUUUCCGGUAGCAAAGGCAUGCAUUUCACAACCCACUUCAAACACGGAACCACCGAAGCAAAUAAUGAGCAUGGAAAAGACUUCCAACUUAAAUGUAGUGGAGACCUCAAGGCUGAAUCAGACUGAAAAAUUAAACCAGCUGGAGAACACAUUCAAAUCAGUUAUUGCACAAAUUGGACCUGGAGGAACUAUCAGUCCAGAACUAAAACAUAAGAUAAAAUUUGUUGUAUCUAAGUUCCCAGAGGGUUUGUUUAUUUCUAAACUGCUUGGAGAGUAUGAGGUUAUUUUUCAGGAGCAACUUUCACCAAAAAAAUUGGGCUUCUUAAAUGUGACAGAACUUGUUGGAGCUCUUAGUGACAUUCUCCGUGUUGAGUUCAGGGAGGGACAGCAAGACUUAGUAGUGUUUGAUGCUGAUAAGAAGCCUCUGCCUCCUGUUCAAUCAGAUAAGAAAAUAGAAGCCAAAGCUUAUGUCUCCAGUCCACCUAGAAAUUCAUUGUCUACCGCUACUGUCAAAGAGACUACAUGGAAUCGUCCUUCAGAAAACCAAAAAGAGCCACAACAGAAAAUUUGCAAGAAGCCUAAUCUGGUGGUAAAGCCUUUACAGCUGCAAGUGGAAAUAGACAAAUCACAGCUCAACCCGGCAAUGGCAGAUCAUGACAUCCCGCCAGAUGCUGUGCGUGACAAGAAAUUAUGCAGACUCCCACCAUUAGACACCAGUUCCCUUGUGGGGGUCUUUGUGGAGUAUAUCAUCUCUCCUAGUCAAUUCUACAUCCGGAUCUAUAGCAGGGAUUCAUCAGAGUUACUCGAAGACAUGAUGAUUGAAAUGCGGCGCUGUUAUUCUAAUCAGCUGGUUUCUGAUCGAUAUGUCAUGCCGGAAUGUUUUAUUCAGCCGGGACAUCUCUGUUGUGUGAGGAUUUCUGAGGAUAAGUGGUGGUAUCGGGUCAUUAUCCAUCGAGUCCUUGGGAAACAGGAAGUUGAAGUGUUCUACCCAGACUUUGGAAAUGUUGGGACUGUUCAGAAGUCCUCCCUGAGGUUCCUCAAGUGCUGCUACACAAAGCUUCCAGCUCAGGCUAUCCCUUGUUCUUUGGCUUGGGUGAGACCAGUAGAGGAACACUGGACAUCAAAAGCUAUUCUGCAGUUCCAGAAGUUGUGUGGUUUGAAGCCAUUAGUGGGGGUAGUGGAUGAAUAUGUAGAUGGCAUCCUUAACAUUUUUUUGUGUGAUACAUCCUCAAAUGAAGAUAUCUAUUUCCAUCAUGUCUUAAGAACAGAGGGCCAUGCUAUUGUAUGCCGAGAAAAUGUCUCUUCUAAGGGUUUCGGUGAGCUCAACCCUUUAGCUUUAUACACAAAAUCCAGUGGAGGGCCAGAGGACAUUGUCUUGACAGAACUGGGUUAUCCUUCCCAGCAGCACUAUUUUAAUGAAGACCGAAUGAUAAGUCCACAGCCAAAAGAGAGUGAGUUACAUAUCCUGCAAGAUAUUAAUGAUGAAAAGUCUUUAAGUCAUCUGAAAUCUGAGUCAAAGGAGCCAUUAAAGGAUUCUGAAUUUGAUUCUUUGAAAACCUGCAAUAAGAGCUUUGAAGAAGAUCCAAAGUGGUCCAACCCAGAGCCAAAGGAUCUGAAGGAAGAAAAUGAGGAUGAGAUCCCCACUGGAAUGCCAUGCCUGGAGUCAGUGACCAUAGGUGAUGAUAUUUGGGAUGAGAACUGGUUACCUGUGCAGGCUAAGAUGGGAAAAAGAGGUGAUGUUGCCUCCCGUCUAUUUACUGCAAGCCUUGGUGGAAAGAAUCAGUAUUCAUCAUGUAAAGAAAUGCCGCAGAAGGAUUGGUGUUUUUCUACACCCAAAGAUACAUGGGAUGAUUCUUGGCAGCCUUCAGGCCUUGUAAAUGGAACAAAAGUAGUUCAUAAACCAGAAGGACUGGAUGCUCAAGAAAAAAAUACUGUCACAAACAAGAUUCAAAAGCAACUAGACUUAAAUGGUUCUUCAGAUUCUUCCACACUGCCCAAAUUGGAAGAAUGCUGUACCUCUCUUACCCUGUCAGAGCAGUCAGCAUACGGGAGCCAGUCUGAACUCAGCAACAGUCAGACUCAGCUGAAGCAAACUCAGCCUUCCACAGCAGUAUCCAGUUCAACUCCCGGAGCAGAUGAUUCUGCAGAACAGCCCUCUGGUUUUGUGGAAAGCUCUCCAGAGAUCCUAAAGAAUGAAGACUUUUCUAGCAGCCGUGCUAUUACAGUGUACAAAGACAAGAGUCAAGAAUCCAUGGACCAGCUGUCACUGAUUUUGUCUCAUGAGUGCCAGAUUUCCCAGAAGCUCUACAUUCCUCGGAGUACAGCCACUGCUGCCUUAGGUGCUGCCGCACGGUUAGCUACAUCCAGGAGCCUCCUACAGUGGUACCCCAGUGUGAAACGGCUGGAAGCAUGAGGGAGGGAGGGAGAAAAACAGAAUCCAGCCACUUAGGGCUUGAUGAACUCCCAGGCCAAAAUGAGGAGGUACUGAAGCAAAAUAGUAUCUUGAUCGUUGAUACUGUUGUCUUUCUGUGACUAUAUGUUAGCUUUAUUAUGCUAACAGCCUACUCCAAUGUGUAAGUACUGAUACUUACUGUUACUCUGGAGUUUUUCUGAUGAUUUUGUGCCAUUUUGUUCAUCUUUGUUAUUAAUGUAGUUUAAAGGAAUUUGUUUCUUGUGUUUCUGUUUUUCUUGUACAUAUCAUGACUGAUAAAUGAAAAUUGAAAAACUAAA